AUGGAUGUUGAUAUGGAAGUGUCUGAGAUACGAUUCUCCGAGAAUCUUGGCUCUUGUUCACCGAAACUCAGACGUCGGGCGUUGAUUAGACUUCGUGAAUACAUCAGGAAUCAAUCAAAAGUGAAGGGUUGGUAGUUUAUUAGCGUAUUUAUGUGUUUAGGAUUUACUCCAGAGUCGUUUGACAGACUUUGCCGUGGAUUACAUUACGCCUUAUGGAUGCAAGAUAAGAUGCUACUCCAGGAGGAAAUGUGUGAUGAGUUCGGCUCUUUGGUAAAUUUGUUCAACACCCAUCAGGAGGUGAUUAAUUAUAUGAGAGCGAUGAUCCUCACCCUCUCAAAACACUGGCUGAAUAUUGAUAAAUGGAGAAUGGAUAAGUUCUUAUUGGUAAGUCGGCGGCAUGGUAUCUCCUCGCCCACCUUUUGAAAAGCUUGGAGGGUAGGCUUCUGGGGGAUAAUAAAUUUGACAAGGUCGACGUAUGUUCUGUCUUUGUAAUUUCAGAUGAUGAGACGUAUUUUUCGAGCGUUCUUUGUCUAUUUGCGAAACAAAAAGUGGCAGAAAGAUCUGGUAGAAUCCAGCAUAUUAUUCAUGCGACAGACAGUUAUUACGGGAGAAGAUUCUGGGGUGAAUGAAACACUGAAAAUGCACUUCACCACAAUUUAUAUUGAAGAGUUGGACUAUGCUGGAGAUCUGAGUACUUGUCAAGUUGUCGAAUUUAUUGAGCCAUAUGUUGAUGUAAUUAAAAGAACCUGCAGGUAACUUUUCACAACUGCAAACCGGAAUUUUUAGUGAUACAUUGUUGAAAUCUAUUUACACCGAAGUCUUUAUGACUAUAUUGGAGGGCUUUGCAGCCGAAUUGGAAAGGGAGAAAGGUAACAAAAAGGUCUCAGGAGACCUAAAAGGAGUUGGAAAACCAAUUGAAUUCGACUACAAUGCUAUCUGUGAAUUGCUGAAAGCAUCUGUAGAAUCUGGCGAGAUGAAUUCAAAGAAGAAGAAGAAACUGAAACCCUUGAUAUCUCAGUAAGUUUUAUUUGAAGUUCCUUGGAUUAUUUAUUUUUAGGUUUGAGUUGGCAGCCAAAGGAGAAAGUCCAUUCAAGGAUAUCAUUGAACCUGAUAGAAAGGAUCCUCUGGACAACGAUAUGAUCAGUAGAGCAGUGGAUCAACUCCAUUCCUUAGAGAGUAAAAUUAAAAAGGAUAAAAAGAAAUUCAGGAAGGUUAAGAAACAGAUUCAAAAACAAAAGGCUUAA